AUGAUGGCGUCGCUGAGAGAGGAAUUUCGCCACUUCCACCCUGAGAUCAAGACGACGACUGUUCAUCCUUUCUUCAUCACACCUCCUCCAUCCAGCGUUGAACAUUGGGACAAAACGUCGAGAAUUCCAGACGUGAGCGCAGUGACAGUGGCGGAGAGGACGGUGGAAGGUAUCAAGAAGGAGAAAGUAACAGUAACCAUCCCCAGCUACCUUUACUUCUUGCUGUUGAUCCUGCAGUUCUUACCAUCAGCUGCAGGAGAAUUUUGGAGAGAUAUGUUCUACGCUAAGAUCAACCCUCUUGAAAAACGAAAAGCCAAAGUUACAUGA